CAAUUCACACUGUAGCAGAAUCUCUCAUGCUUGCUCCAUCAAGCACAAAUGCACAUGGUCAUCCGCCACUGGACGUCAAGACAACAGCUGUUCCACUCACCCCGGAUGACUCGCAAGCUGCCAUCAGCCUUCUCACCCCCAAGAUCUCUGAGAUACUCAGAGACUUCCCUACCUCGCAUGAGGACCCAGCAUUCAUGCUCCUGCUCCGUGAUGUGGUCAAAUCGACCAUCACGGGCGACACCAAGUCCAUCGAAGACUCAAUGCUUGAGCUCGAAACGCAUGUCGUGACAACUACAGUGAACAAGCCGUCGAACAAUCCUAACGAGAUGGCAGUCCUGGCUAGACCCAUUCUCGAGGCAUUGAGAAAGUGGCAUGUCCAGGAUCCAGCAAUCAACUGCAGCGAAACUCGGUUGAAAAUCAAUAGGAUGUCUAUGGCGAGAGACUCUGAUGGAUUGCGCAACAUGCAUGCCGGAAUGUUGAUAUGGGAAGCUCGAUCAAAACAACAAUCCACCUGAAAAUAGGGCUGGUAGCAAGGACGAGUGGAUCAUGAUUCAUGAGACGAUGCUGGGAUGGAGAAUAUGGACAGAUGG